GCACUGAGCGGUGAGCCUGGGGUAAUGGAUGUCCUGAAGGGAAUGCUGUGAAGUACAGCCCUGAGGAGCUUAAUCUGCCGACUGCCAGGAAGCAGGUUGUGCUUCCUGUCUCCGAGGAAGCUUGCUGACAAGACCAAGGACUGGAAGCAGCCAGAGUACCGGCCGCAGGGCUGGCGUCAUGUGUGCAGUGCCCUUCGUUACAGCAUCCUCAUUGCAGGAACAGCGAGCUGGGAAAACUACAGUUCCCAUCACCCUUUUGUGCAUGUCCCUGCGAAACUACAGUUCCCAGAACCUUUUAAUGAGCCAGAGAGGAUGUCCAAGGAAAUAAAUGCCGACGAUUUUUGCAUAACACCCUGCACCUCCGGAGUGCUGACCGGCCCAUGGUCUGUGAAAACGGGAACAAGGGAAAAGCCAAGGGAGUGUCAGCGCUGUGGAGCUGUGGCUUUGCCCACCCCAAUAGCCGCAGUGAUAUCCUCCAGCGCCGAGCAACCUUCCUCCUCUCAGGACUCCCUUGGUAGUCACAGGGAAGAUCCUGGUCCCCAGGAAACACGGCUGCUGCGAAGGGAGAGGCAGAUAAACUACAGAUCCCGGCAUUCUCCGACAGGCAGCACCUGCGGCAGUCCCUGCACGCCGUGGGGGAGGUGGGGGAUGAAACUGGUGCAUACCUAAUAGAUCGGGACCCCACUUACUUUGGACCGAUUCUGAAUUUCCUCCGUCAUGGAAAGCUGGUCCUGGAUAAAGAUAUGGCUGAAGAGGGGAUCCUUGAAGAAGCUGAGUUCUAUAACAUUGGUCCUUUGAUCCGAAUAAUCAAGGAUCGAAUGGAGGAGAAGGACUACACAGUAACACAGGUGCCUCCAAAGCAUGUCUACCGUGUGCUGCAGUGCCAGGAAGAGGAGCUCACUCAGAUGGUUUCCACUAUGUCAGAUGGAUGGCGCUUUGAGCAGCUUGUGAACAUUGGCUCAUCCUAUAAUUAUGGGAAUGAGGAUCAGACAGAAUUCCUGUGCGUGGUCUCCAAGGAGUUGUACAACUCCCCCAGUGGCCUGGGCUCUGAGCCCAGCCACAAAGCCAAGAACACAGAGGAGGACCUGGAGGAGGAAGAGCAGGAGGUGGAGGAGGAGGCAGAGGCAGAAGCAGAAGCAGAGGAGAAAGACCGUCCAUCUAUUCGGGAUUGUGCUAAACUCUCUUCCUGCGGACCCUCCCUCCUGCUCCCUUCCGUGUCCAUCCCAGCACUGCCAUCUACCUCCCACAUUGCCCCACUCGCCAGCCUCCAGCAUCCUUCCCUCUGCUCUCCUUGUCCCUCAGGGCUCAGAGUGGUCUCUGCCCAGGGCCCUGUCUCUCUCUGCUCCUCACUUUUCCUCCUCUGCAGGUAUGUUACCUGUCUGCACUCCCAGCUCCUGCCAGCCUGAGCUCUGCAUGAGUGACUCACUUCCCUCUUGUGGGUAUGGCCCUGGUUUGUAGAGCUUGGGGAGGGGAAGGAGGGAGGUGUGAGGUUGACUCAUCCCUAAGGUGGCUUUACAUAUUCUGAUCCUAUGCGUGCCUUUACCUGCCAAGCAGAUCCUAUGGCUGUGGACCAGAGGCUCUGGCAGCAGAAAGGAGAGUGCAGCUGGGAGAGGGGUGGAAAUGAAUGCAAAGCAGGCCGGGGUGGUUUGGGGAAGGGGUGGAAUUUUGCCACGUGUCUGCGUGACAUGCAUGCCAGAUCGCUUCUCCAGACUGUGUCCGCAGCUCCUUUGCCUGCCAGCCCAGGCAGUUUGCAGAAGACAGCCUGUUAUUUUUCCUUCCCUGGGCUUUUCCCCCACAGGUUCUGCCAGGGUGUGAAUGCAGUGGGAAAGGUGGCAAAGGCAGAGCAGAAGAAGCUGGUCCCUGCUGCAGAUGCUUUCACAGCUGUGUGCAAAAUGAGCCUUUCUGCUCUACCUCCUGCUUAGGAAGGCUGGCUGGGCAACACGUAGGGGGCUGGGUAUGGAAAGUGUUAGAAGAAGGAUUCCUCUCCAUACUGCAGAACUGUGAGGCUCUUGUUAAACUGGAGAUGCUCAGUGUCAGUAUCCACCGGUCCUGAUGGAGGGCAGUUGUUAGCUGGCUGACAUUUCUCUCUCCCUCUGUUUGAAAGCCUCCUUGUCUGUGGCUGUGGGACCUGAGUUAUAUUAAGACUCAGUGUAUGUUAAUCACAUGGACUUUUUCCUCCUUCUGUUCUGUUUCUCCACCCUCAUUUAUUUUCUUUUUCUUCUGUUUGUGUUUCCUCUGUCAUUUCCCAUUUUCUGUUUCUCACUCUCCCCUCCAUGCUCAGUUGCUUUUUUUUCCUACCAUUGAUUGUGUUUCUCUCUCUCUCUCCUUCUCUAGCUGUUACAAGCCAGAGAUCUGAGGAUGUGAUCUGAACACUCCACUCCAGCCUUUUCAUUUCUUGUUUAUAUCUUUAUUUUUGUACUGCAGUGUAUGGCAGCCCUUUCUCCCACAGUGAUGCCCCAGCCCCCUUCACUCUUCACAUGCAGCCAUUAUUUUUUACAAACUCACCUCGGAGGCCUGAGCUUCCAGCCCUGGAGGAGGGCAGAUGUUGCAUGUAGCCCCUGAGCUGCUGUAGGAGCGGGAGCCCACAGCCCCCUCCUAUGCCUGGCAGUCUGGCUUUCCUUAAUGUCACAGUGGCCCCUGGUGGGGACAUCAGCGAUCAGCCACUGCAGCCUGCGGUCCCUGCCUGAGCACCCUGGGUGCAAAUGCGGACCGAGGUGGUGGCAGCUGUGGAAGGACCAGCCCUUGCCCUUUCACUGUUGCAGGCAACUGGUGUGGGCUUGUGGCCUGGGGACAAAUGCAGAGCCACCAUCCUUUUCUGGGCCACCCCUAUCUCUCGGAGGUGUCCCUGUGCUGGGUUUCACAUUCCUUGGUGCCUCCCUUCCUGUCCCCCAAAGCAGCUCUGUGCCAGCAGUGUGAGAAGGAGACUGGUGUGCUGCCUGGGUACCAUGAACAUGCUGGUACCUGAUGAUGUGUCAGCCAGCACCAAGCAGAUCCCAAUUUUGGGGAGCAGGGUGUUUGCUUCACUGCUGUGUCUGAAGACUCCUGAAUAAAAUUCACAGUCUGUUCCUC